AAGCGCCCUGGCUGGUAGAUCUGGCAAAGAGAGGAAGAAAACGACAGAAGUACUCUAAAACAGGGCUUUCCUCGCGGUUAUCAGCUCUCAAAGUGAUAACGGUCCGUUUACAACCCUAGAUACAGGCACAGCCAUCUCACCAAACCGGACUAACCUCUUGUGAAAUAAGGGAUAUAACAUGACCAGCUUAAAUGGAUAAAACCAGUCACUCUUCAACACCCAGCAUCAUAUGGUGAAAAUGAAACAUCUGCGUCUGUUGUACAGUUAAAAUAACCCAGCUAUAAAUCACAGACCCUUCAGGAUUUACAAAAAUCAACUUCUCAGUCCAUAUCGGCCCUCUUUUCUCUUCACUCUUGCCCUUCUCUGGUCAGAGCCGCCAUGUACGGUAGUGCCCGAUCCGUGGGUAAAGUGGAGGGGAACCACAGUGGCGGGAGCAAUCAGAGUCCCGGCCGUUCGCCCCGUCUCCCACGCUCUCCCCGUCUGGGCCACCGCCGCACCAACAGCACUGGGGGCAGCGGAGCCGGAGCGGGAGGUCCAGGGGGAAAAACCCUUUCCAUGGAGAACAUCCAGUCCCUCAAUGCUGCCUACGCCACAUCCGGCCCUAUGUAUCUGAGCGACAACGAAGUAGUGGCAUCUGGCCCGGACCUGCCCAAGAGCACCAUGACGCUGGGCCGCUCGGGGGGCCGGGUGCCUUACUCCAUCCGCACGACUGUCAUGGGAUCGAGCCCGAACAUCGCCACCGGGGCGCCCGGCUCCGCGCCCACCGAUGCCAUUGCUUUCGGAGACCACCAUAUGCCUUCCAACCUGGCGUCCACUGUGCCUCAUUCGCUACGCCAGGCGCGGGACAACACCAUCAUGGACCUGCAGGCCCAGCUCAAGGAGGUGCUCAGGGAGAACGAGCUCCUGCGGAAGGAGGUGGAUGUGAAGGAGAGCAAACUCAGCUCCUCCAUGAACUCCAUUAAGACCUUCUGGAGCCCCGAGCUGAAAAAGGAGCGCGCCCUGCGCAAGGACGAGGCGUCGAAGAUCGGCGUGUGGAAAGAGCAGUACAGAGUCGUCCAGGAUGAGAACCAGCAUCUCCAGAUGACCAUCCAGGCCCUCCAGGACGAGCUGCGGAUCCAGAGAGAUCUGAACCAGCUGUUCCAGCAGGACUCCAGCGUUCGUCCCGGCGAGCCCCUGACCGCCGAGCUGACCGAGGAGAACUUCCAGCGGCUGCAUGGCGAGCACGAGCGGCAGGCCAAGGAACUCUUCCUCCUGAGGAAGACUCUGGAGGAGAUGGAGCUGCGCAUCGACACGCAGAAACAGACGCUCUGCGCCCGGGACGAGUCUAUCAAGAAGCUCCUGGAGAUGUUGCAGAGCAAAGGGCUGUCGGCCAAGGCCAGCGAGGAGGACCACGAGCGCACGCGGAGGCUGGCCGAUGCCGAGAUGCAUAUCCAUCACCUGGAAAGCCUUCUGGAGCAGAGGGAGAAGGAAACAGCCUUGCUGAGGGAGGAUCUCCAUAGACGAUAUGAGGGAGCUCCAGAAUCUGCCAAAACCAAAGCCCUGCAGACUGUCAUCGAGAUGAAGGACUCUAAGAUCAGUUCUCUGGAGCGCAGUCUGAGGGAUCUGGAGGACGAGAUACAGAUGCUCAAGUCAAACGGGGCUCUCAGCACGGAGGAGAGAGAGGAGGAGAUGAAACAGAUGGAGGUCUACCGCAGUCACUCCAAGUUCAUGAAGAAUAAGGUAGAGCAACUGAAGGACGAGCUGGCUCAGAGCGAAGCACAGGGCGAGGAGCUGAAAAAACGGGCGGCUGAGCUGCAGCAAGAGAUUGACCAGGUGAAGCAGGAUUUGUCCCGGAAGGACACUGAACUCUUGGGCCUGCAGACUAAACUGGAGACGCUCACUAAUCAGUUUUCUGACAGCAAACAGCACAUCGAUGUGCUCAAAGAGUCUCUCACUGCCAAAGAACAGCGUGCUGCCAUCCUGCAGACUGAGGUCGAUGCUCUGCGUUUACGUCUGGAAGAGAAGGAGACCACGCUUAACAAAAAGAGCAAGCAGAUUCAGGAAAUGUCAGAGGAGAAGGGAACGCUCAACGGAGAAAUUCACGACCUCAAAGACAUGCUUGACGUAAAGGAACGCAAGGUCAACGUGCUGCAGAAGAAGAUUGAGAACCUGCAGGAGCAGCUGAGGGAUAAGGAGAAGCAGAUGACCAGUCUAAAGGAGCGCGUCAAAUCCCUGCAGGCAGACACUUCAAACACGGACACGGCCCUCACCACGCUGGAGGAGGCCCUGGCUGAGAAGGAGCGUAUUAUCGAGCGUCUGAAGGAACAGAGGGAUAGAGACGAGAGAGAGAAGAGCGAAGAACUGGACAGCAACAAGAAAGAGCUCAAAGAGCUGAAAGAGAAAGUCAGCCUACUGCAGGGAGACCUGUCCGAUCGUGAGGCCUCUCUAUUGGACCUGAAGGAGCACGCCUCGUCCCUGGCCUCCUCUGGACUGAAGAAGGACUCCAAGCUGAAGAGUCUUGAAAUCGCUCUUGAGCAGAAGAAAGAGGAAUGCACCAAACUUGAGAGUCAGCUCAAGAAGCGCUCUGAGCUCAUGUCAGGCCAUCCCUUCAAUCUUGCUCAUUCAGUUGCGGUUGAGGCUCAGGUAAAUGCAGGACUAUCGGAGCGCAUUGCCACACUCGAGCAGGAGGUGGCGCGUUACAAGGAGGAUGCUGGGAAGGCACAGUCCGAGGUGGACCGGCUCCUGGAAAUCCUCAGAGAGAUGGAGAAUGAGAAGAACGACAAGGAUCGCAAGAUCAACGAGCUGGAGAGGCAGAUGAAAGACCAAAGCAAGAAAGUUGCCAACCUGAAGCACAAAGAGCAAGUGGAGAAGAGCAAGAACGCCCAGUUGAUGGAAGAGGCUCGUAAGAGAGAGGAUAACAUCAACGAGAGUUCUCAACAGGUCAAGGAUUCUCUGCGGCAGAAGGAUGAACGCAUCGAGGAGCUGGAGGAGGCCUUGCGUGAGAGUGUACAGAUCACAGCAGAGAGAGAAAUGGUGCUGGCACAAGAGGAAUCUGCUCGUGCAAACGCUGAGAAACAGAUGGAGGAGCUGUUGGCUGCCAUGGAAAAGGUGAAGCAAGAGUUGGAGUCCAUGAAGGCCAAGCUGUCGUCCACCCAGCAGUCCUUGGCGGAGAAGGAAGCCCACCUGACCACGCUGAGGGCAGAGCGCAGAAAGCACCUGGAGGAGGUGCUGGAAAUGAAACAGGAGGCGCUGUUGGCAGCCAUCAGCGAGAAGGACGCCAACAUCGCUCUUCUAGAGCUGUCGUCCUCGAAGAAGAAGAAGACUCAAGAUGAAGUGGCUUUGCUAAAGAGGGAGAAAGACCGAUUGGUACAUCAGCUGAAACAGCAGACGCAGAACCGCAUGAAGUUAAUGGCUGAUAACUACGAGGAUGACCACCUCAAGGCCUCCAAUUCUGACCAGACCAAUCACAAACCCUCUCCAGAUCAGAUUAUCCCCCCACUCAUAGACCUCAAUCAGAACCGCAGUAAGCUGAAACUGUACAUCGGCCACCUCACGGCCCUCUGCCACGAGAGAGACCCCCACAUCCUGCAGGACCUGGCCCCGCCUUCCGCAUACCACCGCAGCCAACAGGACGCCUGGGAGGAGGAGCUUCAGAAGAUGAGCCCUGAACAGCUGGAAUCUGAGCUGGAGCAGUGUGAACGAGAGAGCGCCGAACUGCAGGAAUACGCCAACUCUGUCCUGCAGCAGAUCGCCGAUCACUGCCCGGACAUACUGGAGCAGGUGGUCAACGCUCUGGAGGAGUCGUGCUGACUGGACCACACCGCACUGCACCGCGAAAACCCAGUCCUGCCGCCUCCCCACUUCCUGCUUCUCCUUCCCUUUCUUCUGCUGUUUUUCACUUCAUUUCACAGGAUGCCAGAACACAAACUCUCUCACCCUCACCCACAUGCACAAUUCAAAGGACAAACACAUACGGGAGAGACUGACAGCUCACAAGUCAGGUGCACGCUUGGAUUGGCUUUAGGGUGUGGGAAUGGUGGGCUUUCCUUCUGCCAUCCCCUACCACCACAUUCAUCCUCUCUGCACCUUCAGAAUCCUGUUUACACUCACAUAAACACGGGUAAGAAGGAAGAAGGAACCGAAAGGGGGAAAAGAGCAUCAGAGAAGCUCAGUAUUAUAAGACAUGUUCACUUAUUUAGUUGUCUGUCUCUGAAAGCCGUCCUGCAGGAGGUGGAGUUCUCUCUGUGAGGGGCAGGAAAUAGUCUCCUUAUCUUGAUAUACACUAUUGCCACAGCUCUUAAAAGCUGCAGGAUUUUGAAACCAUUUUGAAGAAAUUUAGACCCCCCCCCCCCCCCCUCUCUCUCUCCAAGUCCCCCCUUUUUUUUAGAUGCUGUGUUACUGAUGUUAAAUUAUGGGUCAUUCGCGCAGGGCAAAACUCCUGCACUUUCGAAACCAUCUGGUUUCACUCAAAACUUGGUUAAUGCUUCGGUUGUGCCAGCAGACAGUCCGUGCGGACUUGAACAUACUUUUACUAUCGUAGUCAGUAGCAGGUUUAGAUUACCGCAGCCCCCACCAUCUGGGAAUUCACUAUUGACUUGGUUACUGGCCGAUUUUCUCCCAAAGUCUCGUUCAUAAAAGUUAUGAAACGGACAAUAUGGGUAAUGUUAUCCCGUAUGCACCUGUCACCAGCUAAAGAAACCACAGCCCUGGUUUGUGUCUGUUAAAGGUGAGAGGAAGAAAAUUAUUUGCCUUGGAAGUUGUAGGUUUAUUGCUGCUAACAUUUGUCUUUGCAUGUGGCAGGUUUGGUUUGGUUAUGUUUUUCUUUUAUUUUUUCCCCCGUGGCCGGCUCUCUGAUGCCGAGGGCGGUAAAACAGAGAGUGUAUUGCCGACGCAGAUGUUGUGGACGCAGAAGUGCCUCAUCAUGAGAGAGCAGCUGCCACACAUCACUGGAAUAGGAAAAUAGGCACCUAUCACUCAUUCCGUACUCUGAAAACUAUGUGGUCUCACACUGGGAUGAAGGCUGGCUGUAGUUUCUCAGUUUGCUCGCUUUUCCAAAGCAAAGAGUUGUUCUUUUUUUUUGAUGGAUAGGAUCAAAUAAGAGUAGUUGUUUAGAUAACCUCUUCUUUAUUCCACUCUCUCUUUUUUUAAACAGAUGCAACUUGUUUUUUGUGGUUGCUUUGUGAUCACCCCAUCAGAGAUAACAUCAAGCUUUGAUCCCAAGCAUCUCACAUGUACCAUCAUGCUUCUCUCUCAUGCUCUAUCAUCCUCAGACCCGGGCGUCUCUGUUAGCACAGCCGGCAGGUGUAUCCUUUUUCACUUUAUGGUUAUAUGGGUCUAUAUCCGCUGGCAUUGGGUGUCCGUUUCUGGACCGGCCGCAGGAGUGAUAAGACUCAACCUCAUUCAACUCGCGAUAAUAACUCGCGGUUGCCUCAUCAUGCGGAUCGGCCGUUGCUUUAAAGUCCAGAGUCAACUUCCCCUGUGGAUGACACUGGGCGUAACGUGCCCUCUGCUCCUCUCUCUCUAUAUCUCCUCAUCCCUCCCUCAUUCAUGCCUGUGUGUAGUUUAUGGCUCUGACCUGCUGUGCCGUGUUAGUCAUACUCCUCUCUGCACGAUAAGCUCGACAGACAAGACAAACAGCACAAGAUCACAGCGAAUAUAAUCAUCUCUCUCCCACACGCUCCCAUAUCACCACACCACCUCUCCUCAUGCCCAUACUCACUAGAAAACAGCCACGUGAUGUUGGGCCAAACGUUUGCUUUGCCCAAAUUUGAUUGACCUCUGAGUCAUUCUGUGAGUCACCUAUAAUUAAUACACAUUUGUCCUCUAGAGAUUCAUGUUUGUUUGUCUCUUUAAAUUAUUUAGAAUAAAAGAAGAGUAGUUGAGUGAAUCUCAUGAAAACACAUUUAGGUCACAUUUCACCCCAAAAUCAUCAGGAAAAUUUAUUGCAACAUUAUUUUCAUCACAGCAACAUUUUCCCUUAAAUUUAUCAAGGCAUAUGUAUUGUUUAUUAUUAUUAUUAUUAUUAUUAUUAUUAUUAUUAUUAUUAUUAUUAUUGUAAUUCACACCAUUCUCAAUGGUGUUUCUCAUGAGAUUCUGAUGACAAAAAGUACGGUACUACACUCCAAAAAUCUUAAAUAUUAAUUAAAGGAUUAAUUCACUUCAGAAUUAAAAUUUCCUGAUAAUUUACUCAUCCCCAUGUCAUCCAAGAUGUUCAUGUCUUUCUUUCUUCAUUCUAAAAGAAAUUAAGGUUUUUGAGGAAAACAUUCCAGGAUUUUUCUCCAUAUAGUGGACUUCAACAGUUACCAGCGGGUUGAAGGUCCAAAUUGCAGUUUCAGUGCAGCUUCAAAGGGCUCUACAUGAUCCCAGAUAAGGAAUAAGGGUCUUAUCUAGUGAAACGAUCGGUCAUUUUCAAAAAAAAAAGAAAAAUGUAUAUACUUUUUUUAACCACAAAUGCUCGUCUUGAACUAUCUUGAACGUCUUGAACUUAUGUAGUUACAUUGGAAAGCUCACACAUGGCGUAGGCGGAAGUACCGAAGACAAUGCAAGACAAGCAUUUGUGGUAAAAAUGUAUAUACAUUUUUAUGUUUUUUUUAGAAAAUGGCCAAUUGAUUUGCUAGAUAAGACCCUUAUUCCUCAUCUGGGAUCAUGUAGAGCCCUUUGAAGCUGCACUGAAACUGCAAUUUGAAGUCCACUAUAUGGAGAAAAAUCCUGGAAUGCUUUCCUCAAAAACCUUAAUUUCUUUUCGACUGAAGAAAGAAAGACAUGAACAUCUUGGAUGACAUGGGGGUGAGUAUAUUAUCAAGAAAUUUUAAUUCUGAAGUGAACUAAUCCUUUAAAUGAAUAUUAAAUAUAUUUUAUUCCAAUUAGCAUAAAUUGAAAUCAGUAAAACAAAUACUAAAUUGGUGGAAUCAUUUUACAAUUUAAAUAUUUUUUUUCACAUUACAGUAAUGAGAAUUGGUGAAAAUAUGCUUGAAACAAUUUGUUUUCUCCAAGCCAUAUAUAAUUUUCUAUUUCUAUGUCCUUGAUGUGUUUUGUGAGAUUCACCACUUCACGCAUUUCUAAUUAACCGAAGCUGAAUAUGGGAAUAUGGGGCCACUUUAACAUCAUAUUCCCACGCUUACUUGGGCAAUGCCAAGAAAACGCCCGUUCGCGUGUCAUUCUCACCCUUGGCACAGUAGAUCUUAUUGCAGUCAUAUACUUUGAAUCUUCAUAAAGUAUUUUAUGGUUUUAUGCUCUUAAUUACCACUGAUGGACUUCCUUAUGAGGACAUAAAUGUGACGAGCAGCUCUGUUGGGCUUUUAAAGCCAAACAGCUGAUUGAUGACGCCCAUCCUGUUUUUCAUCUCUGUCGUUUUCUUUCCGUCUGCUAUCUCAUUCACACACAAACACAGUUUUUGGCCGUCACCCGUGGGUCUCUGAAAUAUGGGGCUCAGUUAUCUGCACCGUGGUUGAAUCUCCCCGCUUAGACUAAACACAGACCCUUCGCGCACACACUCACUAUCACAGAGACCCUCUCGCGAUUUAUGUGCUUCAGUACAGGAGCUGGCCUCUUACCGCCGCUCUCCCUGCCUCCGCUCAGCUUAGAGCACUCCGGAGAAUUCACUAAGAAAACAAAAAGAAGGAACGCUGUGAUAACCGGGAGCAGAUCAGAGAAAGAAUGACCCUGCGCUUUUGCAGAGGGUGUUAUUGUGUGUUGAGUGAGUGUCUCUCUGGAGCUCUGGUAUUUGUGUGAUUGCUGGUUAUACACAGACCUAAUCACACAGAAGAGUAUGGAAAUUCCCUGCAGGCUUUGGAUCGCUCUGUAUGUUCGGAGGCUCCCCUGUCUCAGUGAUUCCUCCGUGUGUUUUUGAAGAAUUAAAGAGAUCUACACCAGUGUUCUCUGCACAAUGGCUAAUUACCAAUUCAGAAGCACUUUAUAUGAAGCCUGUAUAGUUUGAAUGCGAAUGCAUUCACAAUGCCUUAUAACACUGCGUAAUCUUUUCAGAAGAAAAUAAACAGAUUUAUACAUUAUAAUACUUGCUUAAUCAUGUUUACACCUUUGACGACUAUGAAACAACACAUGCGUCAAUGCUUUUUAUUUUAAAGGUGUAACUAUUAGAUAAGUAUUAAAGCUAGUUGUAAUUACUCAUAACUACAUUAAACUGAUAAUAAGUUGUGUUAUAAGUCAUUAUAAAUGUAUUAAGAAUACUUUUAUAUUGCACUAUAUAAGCACUUUUUGAUCUCAAUGUUAGAAAUUGGCCCAAUUCAGUUUAUAUAAUGCAUUAUAGCACUAUAUACCUGAAUUUUCUCUACUCUCUAAAAAAUACUGGUUUAAAAACAACCCAAGUUGGGUUGAAAAUGGACAAACCCAGCGAAUGGGUUGUUUUAACCCCACGGUUGGGUUAAAUGUUCGACCCAACCUCCUGGGUAGUUUUAUUUAACUCAACUAUUGUUUAAAAAUGACUGUAUUGCUCGCUUAAAAUAAACCCAAAGUAUGUUAAAUUGCUUAUUAAUAAAUGUUCACCUUUUGAUUAUUAUUGUUGCCUCUAGUAGUUAUGUGUCUGAUUUUUAAUUUCCAACAUAUUUUGGGUUCAUUAUAAGCCAGCCAUAUUGUAAUUUUUAAACAAAAGUUGGGUUUAAUAAAACUGCCCAAACAUUUAACCCAACCGCUGGGUUUGUCCAUUUUCAACCCACCUUGGGUUGUUUUUAACUCAGUAUUAUUAAGAGUGUAUAUAAUCACCCUAUAUUACUCUAUACAGGCUUCAUAGAAGGGUAUUAUAUUUAUUUGGUGAGCGUGAUGGUGCAUAGCUGUUUAUAGCGUACGUUUCACUAUUUUUGUUGCACACGACUCCCGUUAAUUUAUAGCGGAGCAGCUCAUAGGAUGUGGUCAGCUGACUUUCCAUACCGUUUGGCUUUUUACAUCUACCUGGCUUGAAACUGCGUUCAGCCACGAGUGUGAAUGAGCAUGAGGUGUUGCUUCACGUUCUCAUGAACAUUUUUCAUCCUCAUUAAACUCACUGAGGCAUGUCUGUGGAGGGUGAGGGAGAAAGAGCAAGCGUGGGAUGGCCCGUAAGGGCCCGACUUUUAACGCAUUUACUUUCCAGUCGCACAUUUUGCUGUCUAGAUUUUUAUUCUACCCCAUUUUGUCCUAUAACAUGAGACGUUUAUCACAGUGUCUACUUAAAUACAUAAAAAAAAGAAUUACACCAUGCUCAAUGUCCCAUAAUUCUUAGUGCUGCCUCAGUUUUGUCAUGCAGAUGUUAUAAUCAUAUUUUAUUUGUUACUAAAGACAAAGACCUUGACACAACUGUGAGAACACGUCUCAUACACACAUACAGAAAUCUAUAUUUAUAUAUUUUGAUGGUUGGAUUUAGACAUAUUGUAGUUGAACAAUUUGCACAAGCGUGUGGGGAAGAGAAUAUAUCCGUCUGAACAAAAUGGCUGUCUGCCUUUAAAAAAAAAAAAAAAAAAAAAGAAUGAACUAGAAACAUUAACAUUUGUCUUGAAACAAAAAUGAAAGAAGAAGCCUUUCUAAGUGUCAAAUCAAAGCUGUUAACAAAGAUUUUCAAAAUUGUUACCAUGUGGUUGAUGAUGUACUGUUGCUAUCUUCUCCGCAUCUCCUUUGAUUUUGAUUCCAACUCAUCUUACAGCUGUUAUUUUGUUCCCUUUGGGAUUGUUUGUUUUUGUUCUGCAGUCCUUGAUAGUGUGCGUGAUUGCAAUGUUGAAAACUACAGCGUGUUUUAUAUUACAAAACAUGUAUGUCUGUUCUCGGGGGCUGGAGAAACAUCCGUGACCGUGUUUCGAGUGGACUGAGAAGAUGCCAAGACCUUUGCUUGAGAACUGUGAUCCUAAUAGCACUCUGGGUUGCUGGAGAGUCAAUGUUAUUUUAGGUUAGCAUCAUUUAUGCGUUUCAGGAGAUAAGCAACAUGUUCUGUUGACUGUUUUGGUCAGACGAACAGCGUCACUCCACACGAAGCCUCAUUUGUUGUUCGUAGUAAUUUAUUGCAUGCGUAAACACACUCAAAAUUUUUAUGGCCUCCUAAGUAGAUUGCCUAUUAAAUUGUUUACUUAUUAACUCAUCUUGAAUUGUCAUUAUUUACCCAAACGGUCCGUCAACACGUCCACAUUUUUCAUGCAUUACUUCCCUCCACUUAGUUUGAUGGACUGAGACUGUUUAAAGCAUGAAACCACAUAAAACAUCCACUGAAGGAUUUGGCAAGUUUAUGUCUGACUUUCCGUUCUCCAUCUGAGCGAAUUUGGUGCCAAACGAAGCUAGUCAGCUGUAGAAAGUGCCACAAAUAAUAACUUGCCUGUCGUUCAUCAGCAACCAAAGCCAGGUCACGUGACCUUUUACUGUUUAUAUCAUGUUUGCUUUAUUUUUAAACCUUUAAACCUUAAUUGACACAAUAAGAGGUCAAACCGAAACCAGCUCCGGCUAGAUGAAGCACCAGAACAGACGCCUUUAUUAAGUGUAUAAUCGACUAUAAUAGAGUUGAAUGAAGCAGCAUUAUUCACAAGGACCUAAUCUUCAUUUCAACUCAGACCUGUGGUAACAUAGUCAUUUUCUAGACUGUUACAAAAGUUCUGCGUGCCUACAUAAGAGAGUAUGUCAAGCUUGAAGUUGGCGCUUAACGUGGUACCUUCUUUUUUCCUCUGGAUUUUGUCCUAAGAGAGUGUCAGACCUCAAUAUCACCCCAUUCACAUCAUGUUCUCUUGGCUCCAGCAACCCUGCCUUCUGUCACAGUAAGGGUCUGUCUUUUCUAAUGAUUCAUGCUCUUUUUCUACGCAGUACACAGAAACACUGUCAAGGAGGAUUCUCGCCCUUUCCCCUUUAAUUUAAUGAAGAAAAAUAAAUGGAAAAAUGUCAACUUUAACCCAAAGCUGGUCAUCUUUCAUGUUUUUUUUUUUUGUUUUUUUCAUAUUUUCACAUUCACAAAUAAAAAUACUGCCUUAUGUCUGUGUGAAAAGAUGAAAAGAUUUCUGUAAAAAGAAAAUGGAAAAAUAACAAAAAGGCGUAUUGUCUUCAGCUUUUGCCUUUGUAUGUAUAUAAACUCUUAUCAUUCAGUC